UGAGUGACGCCGUGAGGGAAGGUUGUGCUACUGGCUGCUCUGUGAUGGCACUGGACGUAUUUAUGUUCUGGAGAGUUGUUGUUGUUGAUAUAUAUAUCUAUCAUCUGUCCACACAAAUUUAUUAAACCUGCAAAAAGUGAAAUAUCUUCAAUGUCACGGCAAGAACCAAUUGAAUAUCAAUAUAUUCAUCGGAGAGCUGGACAUGUCAUGGUGGCCUUUGACAAUCGCUUAUUCGUAUGGGGUGGAUAUAUGGAGCUGCCUCACUCGGAACCUUAUACCCUUAUGACACCAAGCAAGUGCUUAUACCACCGUGCCAUAGAUGUUUUCAUGUAUGAUCCUAUGCUCAAAACAUGGACUCGCAGAAUGAGCAAUGGGCGCAUUCCAAUGCAGCUUUCGGGAUCUUGUGCUGCUGUUCACCACCAACACAUGUAUCUCUUUGGAGGUUGGACAAGCAAUACUUCAGAUAAGUAUGAAAAUAGUUCCAAUUCACUGUGGCGACUACACCUACCAUCACUGACUUGGGAACUGCUCUUUCCUGAUGGUAUUCCACCUUUUCCAUGUGACAAGGCUGCUUGCUGGGUUAACAAAAAUAGGUUCUACAUAUUUGGAGGUUUUGGUCCAUACAAAGAAAUGUAUAAAAUGCCUGGUAUCACUGUUAAGUUCGUGGCUGACGAUGUAUUUCCUAGUGGCUGGACAGACCAACUGGUAUAUUAUGACAUAGAAACUAAUAUGUGGGUGUGGCCAGAAACACAUGGACCAAAACCAUCACCUCGAGCAGCACACACAGCAGAUGUCACAGGAGACAAAGUGUAUAUUUUUGGCGGACGUUUUAAAGAUGUUAGAAUGAAUGAUUUACAUUGCUUGGAUCUUAACAGUAUGAGAUGGAGUGGCAAUUUGACGGAGAGUGCAAUUCAAGAAACUCCCGAGGGUCGAUCCUGGCACACAUUUAAUUUUGUAUCAAGAAAUAAGGCUGUUAUUUAUGGUGGUUUCAAUACAACACAACAAGUUUUAAAGGACAUCUGGGUGCUAGAUGUUACAAAUGGAAAAUGGCAGAAGUCACCCAAUGAGCAUGCCGGGCCUGUACUCUGGCACACUUCAGCAGUGGCAUACCCAGGAGAAGUGACCUUUUAUGGUGGAAUUAAGAAUAACCUUUUGGAUUAUUCACAGCCAAAGGAUCAUGCUGAGGGAUUAUUAGUGCUGAGAUUCAGUCCACCUUCCUUACAACGAUUGGCCAUAGAGGCUGUGUGUAAGCAUGAAGCGAAUCUCCGUGAACAGUGGGGUCUCUUGCCUCAUACUCUUCAGCAUAUUCUUGAAGUUCGCACUUCUCUGGAGAGCAUAAGUUAGCAAUUCACUGUAGAACAACCUCAAGGCAACAGUACUCAACUCAGUUUACACAUCACCCAAAAGCCCUUGCUUCUCAACACAUUUUCAGCUUACACAUUCAGUUUUUCAGUGCCUCAUUUUCCAGAUAUUUAUUAUUUAAUUCCUUUCCUUAUUGUAAUUAUAAUCACGCUUAAUAUUGUGAUGAUCAUUGUAUCAAGAUUAGGAGAUUAAGAGAUUCUUUGACAAGGACACUCUCAACCCCUUGAGUAUGAGGCAUCUCUCCAUGCCGAAUAAACUUGUCUGGCAUAAGCCAAAUAAAAUAUUGAAAGUGGGGUCCUUUAGUGAAGGGGUUAAGAUAUUUUUAGAAAGACACAAUUUGCACUUUAGACAAAUUUAUGUGCUAGAUUUAAUAUUUUGUUAAUAAUUUAUUACCCAGUACAGUAUUAACUAACCAUGACUGUCACCCUAAUGUUGAAUUCUACUGAGUUUGAUGCUUUAUAUCUGUUUUUUAAUUAUUGCAGCCCAUCUUAAUAAUCAUUGUUUGGUGUUUUGACCUCUACAUAUGAUGUAAAACCAAUUUGCUUUUGAUUUGUUAAUAUUAUGAUGGAUUUUGGACUCAUCAGCUGUUAGAAAUCCUCUGUAAAUAGACUAACAUAAUUAUUUCUUUAAAGCAAUACAGUAUUUAGGAUUGUGCAUAAUUGCAAUUUAAUAAUCAUGAACACUUGGAACAUAAGUAGAUAUACCAUCACCUCACUCUUCAUAUUAACAAAAUUCUUGUGAUUAUUGUCAAUAUUUGCUCGUAUUAUAGAAAAUCUCUUCUACAUACUUCAAAUCCCCCCUCCUAGUACAUCAUCAAGGCAUCACAAACAUUGUAUUGUAGUACUGUAUGUUACUGCAGUAUGGUCACAUGCAAGGUAGAUAAGGUUUUAGUAGGAUAUGGUGAUUUAUUUAUUUUCUUCAUUUUAGAGGCAUUUCAUUACAUUAUUACCCCUUCAGCAAGAUUCAGUCAGUCAGUCUAUUAUUAGUCCCUUUUCAUUAAAAAACCAGAGGGAGACCAUAAGAUUUCUAUUUGUUUGUCUCCUCAGUUUUCUGUUACUGCUCAUAUCACAAAAAUUAUUUACAAUUUUGAUAUUAAACUUUGCUCAAGUUUUAACCCAUUCACCGGUAACAAGGAUUUCUGUCUGACCCUGGCAGCUGAUCAAGCCUCUACUGCCCAAACUUUUUUGAAGGGAAGGGGGGGGGGGGGUUCUGUUUGGUAAGCUUAGAUAUUUACAGGUAAAGAAUCCACAAAAAAGUGUAAACAGAGUAGCUACGGGUAUCCCUGGUCGAGCAUUCUUUCACUUAACAUGAAUUCGGUUUAACACUAAAAAACUUUUGACACCCUUUCUCAUUUAACGUUAGGUCAGAAUUUGGUUUAGCGAUAACUUGACUCACUGGAAAGGGAAAAAACUAAGGAUGAGAUGGCCUGCGAGAUGGCAUGUUGCCAUUGUUACAUGUAAGGAAACUAUAAAAGUUGUGGAAAAAUCAUUACAGUACUCUAAACUGGCUUUGCAAUAACAAAAAUAUAAUAUAAAACUUUGAAAUAAGAAAACUGUAACUGUGUCGGGAGCCCAGCCAUGCUCUCUGACUCCUGCCUUCAAUGUGACAUCAUGGGUUGAAUAGUGUUGCAUCGCCCAGAGGAAAGUUUGAGUGUGGAAGGAAUUUUUUUUUAUUAAAAUAUGUGCUAUUGUAUUUUAUGAUAUGAUAAGUUGUGUAUGAAUUUUAUUAUUUGUCAUAGUAAUAUUUGUUAAUUUUUGAUGAAUUCAAUUGGAUUUUUUUUUUAAUAAGACUCAUCUUUUGCUCACUAAAUUUUUCAACUCUGAACCACAUUAUUUAUAUAGAAGUUUGUUGUUAAUUACUAACCAUUCAUAAAACUCAUUUACUGCCCUGCCAUUUAAACCUGUUGUUUGCCC